CUCCUUUUUGUUGUGACUCCAGGAAGAGACUCCAUUCGAUACUUGUUGUUAUUAUCCUGAGCUAACUACGAACCUGCCAGCUUAUUGUGUGUUUAAACGUAUUGUUUAAGGAUGUCUUCAGACUUUGAGACCUACGAGCAGGACUUUGGAACUAUUACCGCAGAAGUAACUAACAAAAUUGGUAAAAUUCCCAAACUAAGUGGAGAGGAGAAGACACAGCUGGUUCUAAAUGUCGACAAACAGCUUGAAGAAGUCAGAGAGCUGCUUGAGCAGAUGGACCUGGAGGUGCGUGAGAUCCCCAUCCAGAGCCGAGGCAUGUACAACAGCAGGCUGAAGAGCUACAAACAGGAGAUGGAGAAGCUUGAGAAAGACUUUAAAAGGUCACGUAUUGCCUACAGUGAUGAGGUGCGCAAUGAGCUCCUGGGGGAUGACGCCAUCUCCUCGGAGGGCCAGCUGAUAAAGUUACGUGAAGAGAGAGCGCAUCUAUUGGACAACACAGAAAGGCUGGAAAGGUCAUCACGGAGACUGGAGGCCGGCUAUCAGAUUGCAGUAGAAACCGAACAAGUGGGACAAGAGAUUCUUUCCAACCUUCAUACUGAUCGUGAGAAGAUUCAGAGAGCGAGAGAAAGGCUGAGAGAAACGGACGCCAAUCUGGGCAAGAGUUCUCGCGUCCUCACCGGCAUGCUGAGAAGGUAAGACGAAGGAUCAUCCAGAAUCGCGUCCUGGUCUUUGUCCUCGGAGCCUUCAUCCUUCUUACCAUCAUCCUGGCCAUCUAUUUAAAUGUGCGGAGGCACUGAUCUCGGCCGUACACCAGUAUACCAACACUCCCCACCUUCCCUUCUUUCCGCUCAACACGAAUAUAAACACACACACAUCCAUGAUUAAUAGCGACAAAAGCGUUGUCCUGCUGUAAUUAGGACAAAUGGUACCCAUGAAUCAUAGUUUCCUAAACCUGACAGGGAGCUUUUUUCCUGCUCGACUUUCCGUUUUUCCUUCUGUUUUUACUCCUUUCUCCACUUUUCGCUUUACUUUCUUUCUCUUUGUACUCAGGCGUGUCCCCCCACACCCCCUUUGCCCCCUUCUCUUGGGACAGCAGAGGUGGGGAAUGACUAAAACUUUUCAUAUCCUCCAUGUAGAUUCACAGCCUAUCUUGUGUUGGAGCUUGAAGCAAAUACAAAAGUCUGCAUUAAGUGUUUCUCAUCUGUUUAGGUCUGCGUUAAAAACUAAAGCUCUGCACACGCAUGUUUAGAGUUAUGUGCUCGAGGCCCUCAGACUAUAUGUGAGAUGCAUGAAGCAUUGAAAUCAACUAAGUUCAAGUCAGAAGUUUGUUCUUACAAUAAAAAUCUAAUAUAAUUUGGUUUAUUUGGAAGAACGCUGCUUGCAUUCAAGAACAGAUGUGUCGCCUUUUUAAGAUAGACAGAAAAAUUUAAGAAUAUUUAAGGGUAACACAGAAGUAUCCCUAUUUGGUUCAUUUUUAUCCCCAAAAUAAACAUCAUUAAUUUCUUUGGACUUCUUAACUUUCCUUGUUUGAUCUUAUAGCCUAUAUGUACAGCACAUAGAUGUAUGUACUAACAUCUAAAUGGAAGUCAUGUAUAGUGUCUUUGCUUUCAUUGCAGGUGAUUCUGUUACUAUUUAUUUAAGAACGCAGAAGUUUUGAUUUAAAUGUCUGUAAUAGAGCUGUGUGAUUUAUUUUGUUUUGAAUUUACAUAAGUUACACUUCAGGACCAAAAACAAAAAGUGUUGGUUUGUAGUUUUGUUUGAGGUUUUUAUUUUCCCUCUGUAAAUGAAUUUCCCCUGUUUUACAACCUGUAAAGUUUGUUCUCUGUAUUUCAUUUAAUGUUCUUAGGGCCGUCACAAUACAUGUUUCUUUUUGUCAAUAUGCAUACUGAUUAUAUAAAAUGGUUGCAGGUUUGUUCUCUCGUGUUGUUCUUUGGGGUUUUAUUUAAAUCCAAACUUAAGAGAAGUUUUAUUAAAGUAGCCUUAAACAACUA